UCCACCGGUCUGCUAAUAUCAAUAGUCAGUUGAAAUUGUGUUAUCGACCAAAAAUGGCACUCUCUACUGCCCCAUCAGCUGCUGUGUCACUUCUGGUUAGCAUACUUGUGUUUGCUUUAAUGCAAAUCUUCAAAGCUGACAUUGCAUCUAAAGAAUAUUUUACAAUUGCUGGAGGAUUUAUUGGUUCCAUUUUAUUCAUCACCUUGUUAACAUUUACCAGCAAUGUUGAAACUUUAGCAUUUGGCAAAGGAUUUCAAACAAGGCUGUUUCCUGAAGUUGUAGCAUGCUUAUUUGCAGCAAUGUUUGCUUCAGCUUUAGUACACAGAGUUUGUGUAACCACUUGCCUUAUAUUUUCACUUGUGGCUCUUUACUACAUCAACCGCAUUUCUCAAAAUGUCUACACUCCAUCUGCAUCAGCAUCAGCUUCAGUUGCUUCAAAGAAAAGGAAAUGAGUACUUAAUAUAUUAGACUAGUGGUUGAUGAGUGAGUGAAUGAGCUGAAAUAAGUUAAAUAAACUGUUUUAAAUUGACCUUAUGCUAGAGGAAGUGAGUUUCAACUUUAACUGUGUAUCCAACUGUAGACCUGUCAAGGAAGUUUUAUCAUGUAUUCACAUUAAAUAUUUUCUUCUUUAUA